AUGUUGGUUACAGACUCCAGCCCAUACCUGUUAUAUAUCGCCCUAUCUGAUUUGAAGAGAGGACAAAAGACAGUGAGAGUAUUAUUGCGCCCUUUCGUCCUACCAACGGUAAAGAAUCGUAACCGCAUCAGAGAGAAAGCUGAAAGGCUAGAAGAACAGCAAUAUCGGAUUCAGGAAAGUCGAUUCGAGACCGCAGUGAUUGGCUGA